AUGGCCGCGCGCACCCGGCUCCGGCGAGGCCGCGGGGCCGCCCGCAUCCGUCCCGUCGCCUCGCCGCGCCUGCGAGCUCCGGCGCCCUUCAUCCCGCGGCGUGGCACCGGCGACUCCUACUGCCAAGGACAAGAAGAAAGAAGAACAGGUGCUAUUCACGCCGCGAACCAAACAGAUAGCGUUAAUGGUUCCCAUUUUUUCGUGACAAUGUCUGGUCAUACCCAACCUGAAGGACCACACCAACUUGAUUCAAAACGUGCUGUGAAUUCAUGCCGAAAGAAUGUACCUGGUACAUCGUUCGACUCAGAUUUGAGAGAUCACAUCCACGAGUUCAUCAACGCCUCUGCAGAUGAACACCGGACAUGCUUCACAAAGACUAUCAAGAGGAUGUUCGAGAUGUCAAAGAUUGUCACUGAGAGAUCCUCUGAAGCUGAGGAAGAUGGAUCCGAAAGUGUCUUGCCACUUCAGACCACAGUGUCGCGGUAG